AUGUCGUUUAAAGAGUCGACACCGCUUUGCACAAGAAUCGGUUCUUUGUAUGGAUGGACAGAAGGGCUCAGCCAGACCCGGUUCAAUUCGUUUUUUGCGGGAAUACCAGGUUCAAGUUCAAGGGAAGAGAAAAGAAAGCGUAACUCUUUGUUGUCCUCUUACUCUUUUAGCCUGCCUUGUGGAGGUCUCUCGGGUGUCUACGGCGGAUCCGAUCAGUCUCGUGAAGAAGUCUUUUCCGAUCUUCCACUAAGAAAGGUAUCGUCACGACAACUAAAUUUGCCCGGUAAACUAGUCGGGGCUCCCCAUGGUUUAGUAAUAGGGAGGGGAGAAUGUCUCUUCAUCCGGGGGUUCAUUUCAUUCAUUAUGAACUAA